AUGGGGCUGGGUGACUACAAUGACGGAGUGCGGUCAUUGGCCGAGACGAUAGACCAAUGUGUGCUGAGAAUCCCACUCACUUUGGCGCGGGGGGAUCUGCGCCUCUUACACACACCCAGUUCAGGUCUGCAUGGCGUUGACGACACUACUAGCACCGCCACCGCCGCCACUUGGCUCACACCUCGUGCAAUGAAUCGGCCACGCAACUCACCGAGCCCAGAGACAAGUAGACCUCAACCCGGUGUUCAGAUGAAACUGCGUGCCCAUACUGUCCCGGUGCAGCUGCAAGCCCACUCGGAGAUGACAAUGCUGCGUAGCGCCGCCUCACCAGCUCGGAUAGCCAAUAACAGCACUUUUUUGGCGCUUCAAAGCACCGUCCGUAAUUGCAUUCCCGUUGUCCUACCCACGAGUAGGGCGCCGUUGGACUUGGUACCGGAGGCCUUCUGCGCUACUACUACUACUACAACGUUGAAAAGCCUUCAAAGGGUCUCCAGUGAUGAGAAUAUGGCUGCUAGUUUUCGAGUUAAAAAGGUCCACCUCAAAAAGGUCACACCGGAACAAAUACGUCGGUGGGAGACUAACUUCAAUUUCCUCCUGAAUGAUUCGGAUGGUCUGGCGCUCUUCGAACAGUUCCUAGAAAGUGAAUUCAGCCAAGAAAAUCUUCAAUUUUGGGAGGCCUGUGAGCAAUAUCGGCGAUUGCCAGCAAAAAUGCUUGCCACGGAAUCUCAGAAAAUCUACCAACUCUACCUUUCUGUUCAGUCGCCUCGUGAAGUAAAUCUUGACUCAAAAACUCGCCUAAAGACAAUCAGCCUCCUGUCCACUCCAACUGCCCAUCUGUUUGAUAGCGCUCAACGCAAGAUUCAGGCCCUAAUGGAAAAGGACUCCUAUCAAAGAUUCCUGCGUGCUCCAAUAUUCCUCAACUUUAAGAAGUCGGUCCUAGCAAACUCAGAGGUUACUUCAAGAUCUGCUCAGAGUGCAUCACCUCGACACCGUCGUAAACCCACCCAUCACGGCGCCACAUCUAUUCACAGUGUACUUCCAAAUAUUCUCAAUGUCAGCGCUCUACCAUUGGGUCGAAGGCCCUUUGAGUGA